AUGCCACUCCGAAAAACCGACUACCUGAGCGACUCCUGGAAGGAUGGCAUCUUCGCAAACAAAGUAGUCUUCUGCACCGGCGGUGCCGGCACAAUCUGUAGCGCCCAAGUGCGCGCCCUAGUGCACCUCGGUGCAAACGCAUGUAUCAUCGGCCGUAACGUCGAGAAGACCGAGCGUGCCGCGCAAGAUAUCGCGACCGCCCGACCCGGCGCGAAGGUCAUUGGCAUUGGGGCUGUGGAUGUGCGCAAGCUUGAGGCUCUGCAGCAGGCUGUUGAGCGCUGUGUCAAGGAGCUGGGCGGUAUUGACUUCGUCAUUGCUGGUGCGGCGGGUAACUUCCUCGCUUCGAUUGAGCAGCUCUCGCCGAAUGCGUUCAAGUCUGUGAUGGAUAUCGAUGUCUUGGGCUCGUAUAAUACCCUCAAGGCUACACUGCCGUAUUUGAAGGAGUCCGGGAAGAAGCACAGAAUGGACUCGGAGUCUCUUCAGCCAUCGCCUCUUGGUACUGGUGGUAGGAUUAUUUUCGUUAGCGCUACCAUUCACUACCGCGGUAUGCCUUUCCAGACUCAUGUGUCUGUUGCCAAAGCCGGUAUCGAUGCCUUGUCGCACAGCGUUGCGAUUGAGUAUGGGCCUCGCGGCGUGACUUCUAAUAUCAUUGCACCGGGUCCGAUUGCACAGACUGAGGGCUUGGAGCGGCUCCUCCCAUCGGAUGCUCUGGAGGCCUAUACCAAGGCCCAGCCUCUCGGUCGCUUCGGCCACGUUCGCGACAUCGCCGACGCCACUGUUUAUCUGUUCUCGGAUACAGGCAGCUAUGUCACUGGCCAAACCCUUGUUGUUGACGGCGCGAACUGGCGUAUGUCGGCAGGCGGCGCUUCCGGCGGAAGCCUGACAUACCCCGACUUCCUACUUUCUGGAGAUGAUGUGCCAAAUGUCACUGGCAAGAAAAAGUCGAAGCUUUGA